GAUGUGGGUUCCUGUCCGUGGUGAGGGGACCUCCCAGAGAUGGUUUAGAAAGUCUUCUUUACCAUCCCUGGGAUCUGAACGCCCACCCACGUGUUUGCCGUGCGUGGUAUUCCGUAUGCCAGAAAGGGGGAUCCUCGUAGUUGAGGGGCAACAUAACGUCCCCAACACACAGCUUUGGCCCCUGCUUCGGAUGAACGGGAGGCUCAAAUCAGGCUCUGUUUGAGUCAAUCAGAUGGUCGUUGAGUCAUUCAUGACCUUGGCUUGGAGUCAACCGAUCGAUGCAGACCGGGCGGACGCGUCCCUGCUUGACAGUUUUGUCUUGUCAGUUCAGAUGUGCUCUUCUUGACUGCAUUGUGAGAAUAUAGCUCCUGGGAAACCCUGGUUUGACGGUCUAUGUGAAUCACCCAUGUGACGACAUCUACUUGUUGGGUCCCAUGGUGGGUGGGGUCACUAGGAGCUGAAUAUUUAUUUCUCAAUAUGGACCCAAAAACUAUAAAACAACAAAGACCAGAUCAAGUACCAAGAAACAAGGAAAACAAUUUCAGUCAACCUACUUAUCUGAUAAUACACGCAACUGGAGAAAAACCUUUAUCGAAAUGCCUUCCUUUCUUAAUACAAAAACUGUUUGAAUCGACUAUUGGACAUCUGAAAAAAAUUCAAAAAUUGGGAUCGGGAGAUUUACUGAUAGAAACAGCCUCACCUCAACAGUCGGCAAAACUCUUAACAAUAAAGACACUGGGAGACAUGGAAGUGACUGUCACACCACACGGAAGUUUAAAUUCAUCUCGUGGUGUGAUAUCUGAGGUUGAUCUGAUGUCUGAAGAAGAGUCAGAUAUUCAGAUUGGCCAUUCAGACCAAGGUGUCACUGCUGUUCGACGUAUCUCUAUUCGUCGAGAUGGCAAAUUGAUACCAACAAAACAUCUUAUCCUCACAUUUAAGAAGCCGACAUUGCCAUCUUUCAUUACUGCAGGAUAUCUGCGCUGUCCAGUUCGUCCAUACGUUCCAAACCCACUGCGUUGUUUCAAAUGCCAGCGGUUUGGACAUUCACAGACAUCCUGUCGAGGGAAGAAUGUAUGUGCACAGUGUGGAAUGGAAGGUCACCAGAGCACUGAGUGUACCACUACUCCAUGCUGUGUGAAUUGCAAAGACGCGCACCCUGUCUACUCUCGCAAAUGCCCUGCAUGGCAGACAGAAAAAGAAAUCCAGCGUGUAAAAACAGUAAACAACUUACCUUAUCCAGAGGCACGUCGCAUGGUCACUUCAAGUGCACCACUAAAACAAAAAACAUUUGCUGCUGCACAAGGACAUGUGGAGUUCAGACCGAUAUUUCUGUUUCCCCGGGGGAAUCUCUCACCAGGCAUGCGAAACGUUUACUGAUUACACCAAAAGAAACACCAG